UUGUGUUUAUACAAAUAUUCAGAAUAUUUCUAUCUUCUUUGGUGUUAUUGUAAGCUGGUGAAUUGAUAUUGUGGAUCAUAGUAUUUUAUUCUGCUUAUCCAAAUCAACAAUCCCAUGGCAACAAGGGCAGAGCGUGAAAAGGUUCAGCGUACAAAUGACAAGCACAAAAACAUAUUAGCUGUUUUAUUAUCAAGAGAGGAAAAUAAGUAUUGUGCAGAUUGCCUUGCUAAAGGUCCGAGAUGGGCUUCAUGGAAUUUGGGAGUUUUGCUUUGUAUAAGAUGUUCAGGAUUACACAGAUCUCUGGGUGUUCACAUAUCUAAAGUAAAGUCCGUGAAUUUGGACACAUGGACAAGAGAACAAAUGCUGAAUUUCUGCUGCAGAGGUAAUGGGUGGGCAAAAGACACAUAUGAAGCAAGACUUCCAAGAGACCAUAAAAGGCCUCAGGCUGACUCAAGCCUUGAAUAUUUUAUUCGUGAUAAAUAUGAAAAGAAGAAAUAUAUAGCACCUGUCGAAAUUCCAUUAAGACCAUUAACAGGUUUAGGUUUAAUAGAUGAAAAUGUUGACUCUCCAAAGAAAGGAAGGAGUAGAGAUGGAAAACGUGAUGGUGUAUCGAUAAUAUCAAUUCCUAAACCGAAGGGGUUGCAUCCGACCAGUCCAGGUAUUCCAAGGCCCAAAUCCUUGCCACAAUUGCCAAAACAUGAUGCGAAUAGUCCAGUGCAAAAUAGAGCACAGAAUCAUGCUCCUGCUCCCACAACAGAUGAUUUGUUGGGAUUAAAUUCUCCGAUUUCAAAAGAUGCACCGGUGUCAGUGGUGGUGAAUAAUGAUGCUGCUCCUCCAGCAGCAAGUGCCGAUCUUACAGAAGAUUUAUUUGGCCCUAUGUCUUCCUUCCAAUCAUUGUCGUUAACAUCUUCAGUAUCAAGUCCAAACCUUUUGAACGGAGGUUUAGAAUCGUCAUCUUCAAAUCCAGAACCUCCUGCUGCACAGGAAAAAGUAGAAGAUAAACGAUUAUCAAAGGAUUCUAUCUUGUCAUUGUAUUCUCAUGGGACUAAAUCAUCUCCUAGUUCAAUGAUGCCUCCAGGUAACUUUAACAUUCCGCCACAAUCACAAAUGGGAUUCCAACAACAACAACCAAAUAUGAUGCAAUACAAUCAGCAAUCAUUCCCACAAAAUAUGGGCAUGCAAGGUAUGCCUAGUACAUAUCAGCAACAGCAAAUGAUGAACAUUAACCAACAACAAAUGAACAUGAAUCAACAACAGCUCCAAAUGCAACAGAUGGCCCAACAGAUGCCAGGAAUGAACAUGAGUGGAAUGGGAUAUGGUAUGCCACCUCAACAACAGAACCCGAUGCAGGGUAAUAUGGGAUAUGGUAUGGGAUACAACCAACAAAUGUUUCAAGCACAACAACAACAACAACCUUAUGGAAAUAACAUGGCGAAUGGUGCAAAUACAGGAAUGACCCAAAUGGGUGCUUACAGUGCAAUGAUGCCGGGCAUGCAAGUGCAGCCUGGUGCAAAUACCUCAAUGUGGGGACAAGCUAAUCCUGGUAUGAAUUCAGGGCACACGUUAAGUACGCAGCUCUGGAAAUGAUGGAAUAAUGCUUAAGUUUCGUUUUAGAUAUAACAUGUAGAUUGGUGAAAAUUUGGUAGCUAUAAUAUCUGACACAAUAAAAUAUUAAAGGCUCCAGAGCUCGUUUUUUACCUCAGAGCCGGCCUUUAGAUCCAUAGCCAUUGAGGUUUUUUGGUAUGACCUGGGACCACUACUAUGAAACAUCACCCCAAAUGUUUUUUUGUGCUAGCAUGAUUCAAGACUAUAAUAUAAGAGUAUAGAGUUUAACUUGGAGCUUUCAAAUCAAAAUUAGAAAAAAGAUACGAGAUAGUUAGCAGCUUGAGCGACUAAAAAUGUUGGUACCUCCGGCUCCACCUCCAACUCUUCAUUAUAGGAAGCUUUGCCUCAGCUUCAACAGUACAUACAACAAACCUAGUUACAACGCAUUAGAUUGUGAAUGUGAAUACUAACUAUGAACAAUGUUAUGGAUAAAUAACAUUCCAAUGAUAAAAUACAGAUUUAAGAAUGGGAUCAUCUCUGCUUGGCAUUGCUUAACCCGGUUAUCGCACGUUGGGUUAGUUCAUGCGUUAGAUUAAAACUUGUGGCUUCCAUACUAUAGCACCAGCAUCUAUGCCAUAUAUCUAAACUAUGUAACAAUCCCAUCCACUUCUGAUUAAUGAUGUCUUAGAUGAAAAAGUCACGAAACUGAAUGUUAGAUACUCAUUUAGGACGAUAAUUUUAUUUAUUGUGAGAGAAUAUUUUUUAGAGUAUACCUAUAUAUUGGAAUAUUUUUUGCUUUUCAAAAUUGAUGAUAUAUUGCCACCAAUAUUGUGAAAAAUCAGGAUCCCCACUUGCUUUUUGAUAUAUCCAUGAAUCCAACAAUUUCUUUCAACUUUGAUCAUUUUGAAUUGAAUAUUAUACAGCUAAAUAUAAUAAAUAUGUAUUUAUGACAUGUAAAAUUAGAAUAUAUUGGUAUCCAUAUAUCUUAAUGUCUAAUAGGACAAAAAGUUAGUUACAAAUAAUUUUUCUAUACUUACUGUAAAACUAAUUAUUAAAUGAUACAUUGAGAUGAGGAGAUCAGUAAUAGAUCUAAAAAUAAAAGAUUCUGCUUGAUGCAUCUUUUGAUAUUAUAAUACUCUGAAAUUUUUUCUUGGGUCUCUUUGCUUGUCGUAGUUUGAGAGAUCAAAAUGAGCAUAUAAUUUCUAUUCAGAAAGUGGCAAACAAAAAGCUAAUAGUAUUUCAUUGAUUUACUACUGUUUUGUGCUCGAUCUUUGAACAUAUAUAUCAAUUAUCAUUCCGCUUUAUCCUAAAGAGAAGUCAUUUCUAAUGUCAUGUGAUUCAUUACAUUACAUCAUUUAUACUUGAUUAUCGAAAUUUUAUUUGCAAUUCAGCGAGGUUUAUGCCUUGUCAUUCGUCACAAAUCUUCAUUAUGUAGUUGUUUAAACUUAAAAUAUCUUUUAUUGUGUUUUUCUAAUUUGUAAAAAAAUGUGUAUACUCACUGGUAUGCCUUGCUGUACCAAGACUAGCCAUCACUACAAUUAGCAUUGAGUUGCAUAGUGAAUGUUGCAUAAUGAAUCACCGAAUCUAGGCUACAGUUGAUGCCAUCGAUGGCUUUCUUUAUUAAUAAACAUAUACAUAUGUAAAUUAAUAUAAGCAAUGCCUAGGUUAUGAAGUGAUUAUGUCUAUGUAUGCGUGCCAUUCACUAUAAUUUAUAUAUUCUCACCAUUUUCAGUGCAUACACUUUCGAAUCUCCACUUUUGAUUUUUAGUCAAACGCUAAACCAGUGAUAAAAGGAACAAUAAUCAUAAUAGUCAUUUUUCAUGAAUUUUUUUACCAUGGCGCCCACCUGGUCCGAGGUAGGAAAUAUUUCUCCCAUGUUACAUGCAUAUAAGUGUAGUGCAUCAUUCAUGGCUCUGUUUGAAUAUGUGUAGGACGUGUAUUUUGUUUUUUUAUAGUACGUUUUUGUGCUUCGUUUAGAAGAAAAUUUGUGUGGAUUUUCGUUUAUAACUUUAUUUGUGUUUGUGAUCGAAACAAUUUGUUGCAUUUAUAUCAUUGAGACAGAAUUUUUUUGCCUUUCGUCUUUCUAGUUCGCCUCUAUAACGAAUGAUAUAGUCAUCUAGGUAUCUGCCUAUCUGGCGCUCCAGAUGUGUGCGUACCAAUAUGGAGGUGACUAAUUUUGUUCGCCUUUUUUACAUCAAGUUGUGUAAAGGGACUGGAAUGGGCAGGGGGAUAUUCACUUGGAAAACACAGGCAGUCCCUGGACUCGUAAUAGAACUAAAACAAGGAAAAUCGGAAUAAAAUUAUGACCUAACCCUAACCUGGUACUUCGGGAGUACCAGGUAUCUAGCAUAGGUCUUAUUUCAGGUGGCCAUAUUCAUGGUGUUGGGGUAUCUUGGAGUAAUGGUGUUGGGGUAUCUUGGAGUAAUUUCAUUGAUUUGAAAUAACUAAAUUAGAAUACAUAUCACCGUUUCAAUAGCUCUCAUGUUAGUUUUUACAUUUUAUAGUCUGUUCGUUACAUUCAGAGAAAAACUCAAAAUUUUUUUGAUAACCAUUGGAUAUUACAGUUCUAAGUUUUGAUUCUUCAGAUGACAUUGCCUCAAUAUCUUAUGUGUUUUCUUGGUGCCAUUUGAGUGAAAUAGCUCUUAUUAUUGAUAAAUUUUUGCAACUUUCCAUUCCAAUUACCAUAAUCUUCUAUACAUAUAGUUACAUGAUUUUAUCAAGUUAUUUUUUGUGCUAUGUAGAACAGGAUAUUGUGCCUUUAUUCUUGUUUAAAUCCUUGAUAUACUGUUACAUAGCAUCACCACACAUAAGACAAAACUUUACUUGUAUAUAUACCUAUAGAUAUGUUCUGUCCCUGUCGGUAAAUAGUCUUACUUGAACAUAAGUCGUGGAAUGUUUUGUUUAUGGGAAGUUGAAGUCAAGUUGUGAUUGUUUUGUGUCUGUGAUUUAUUCUGGAUUUUAAAUUAAUUUUUGUCGUCCAAAUAUCAUUGCUUAGGUAGAAUUGAAUUAGAUUUUUUGCGAUAGUAAAAUUGUUACUUAUAACUAUAUAUAUGAUAUUAUGUACAAAGCACUUGCGAAUGAAGCCUUAAAUAAAUGAGGAUUCUUGAUGAAA